UAAGUCUCUGCUCACCUUGACUUGAGGAUCUUCAGCAAAAGAGAGAUCUUCCAUGACUCAUGAUUCAUCCAAGUCCAUCUCUCUUGACAUUGAACCUCAAUCAACCUUCCUUAUUAUUAUUUUUUUUUAAUCCGGAUUUCUGGGCAGCAGGAAACGAGUCCUUCCUUCAUCCCCUCCGUCUACAUUUCUCUAGAACUCUUGAGAUGUCAUGGAUUCCACCCUCUGUAACGGACAUGCUGUUCCUUAUCUGAGAGAAGAGCCGGCGUUAAAGAAGACCAGGCUUCAGUCGGAAGAUGGGGCACGUGUGGCCGCACGUGGGAAUAAGGCAGCGACUGAAGCUGCAGAUGGACCGGAGGAGGAGGAGAGGGGAAGAAAGAAAGGGAGAAUUUGUGCUGGAAAAGUAGAGGAAGAAGGUCAUUCCACGCAGGAGGAGAAAAGAGGAAGCAGAACCACAGAAGGUCUGGAGCAGGAGGAUUUCAGAGGAACAGAAGAAGAGAGGAAUAAUGACAAGCAGUUGGAGCAGAACGUUGGACCAGGAGACGGAGAAGAUGGGGUGGACAGGAGAAGAUCUGAGCAGAACAUUGAGGUCAAGACGGAGAAGGAGUGGGAAGGCGAGAGAGAGGUGGACAGAGAAUGGACAGGUGAGGAAAUCCCUCAGUUGGGAAAAGAGAUGGAAGAAAGGACAGAAGAUGAGUCUGGAUUUAGGUCACCAUUUGAGAUCAAGCUGGAAGGUGACUCUGAAGAAGAAGAAGGGACAGGAGACCAAGGAACCCUACAAGAUGGAGUUGAGAAAAAGACCAAGAGAAGCAGAAGCAAAAGAGGCGUUCGAAAUGUAGAAUUUCUCAGGGGAUCCCGGAAAAGGAAAAAUGAGGAAGUGGACAAGACUUUGAAGAAGAAGAAAAAGAAGAAGGAUGAAGGAAACUGUGGGAGAAGAUCAAAAGCCGAGGAGGACAAGUGGAGAUGGUGGGAAGAGGAUAAACGAGACGAUGGGGUCAAAUGGCAUAAGUUGCACCACAAAGGACCCUACUUUGCUGCACCCUACGAGCCUCUGCCAAACUCCGUCAAGUUCUACUACAAUGGCAGGCCUAUGAAACUCAGCCGGGCCACCGAGGAAGUGGCCACGUUUUUCGCCAAGAUGCUGGAUGAUGAUUACGCACGCAAGAAGAUUUUCCGGGACAACUUUUUCUGUGACUGGAUGCAGGUGAUGACUCCUCAGGAAAGGAAGAAAAUCAAAGACCUGAAGAGGUGCGAUUUCAGCGACAUCCAUAGCUAUUUUCUGGAAAAGCAAGAAGCCCAGAAGGCUUUGCCCAAGGAAGAGAAACAGAGGUUGAAAGAGGAGGCAGAAAGAAUCCAAGAGAAAUACGGCUACUGCGUAAUUGAUGGGCAUCGGGAGAAGAUCGGGAACUUCAAGAUCGAGCCUCCGGGUUUAUUCCGGGGCCGUGGGAAUCACCCCAAAAUGGGGAUGCUGAAGAAGAGGAUAAUGCCAGAAGACGUCAUCAUCAACUGUAGCAAAGAUUCAAAGAUCCCCCGGCCUCCGCGUGGUCAUAAGUGGAGGGAAGUCAGGUGUGACAACACAGUCACCUGGUUGGCAUCUUGGACUGAGAACAUCCAGGGGUCCAUCAAGUAUAUCAUGUUGAACCCGAGUUCCAAGCUGAAGGGCGAGAAAGACUGGCAAAAAUACGAAGUGGCUCGUCGGUUGAAGAAGCUGGUUCACCGGAUCCGACGUCAGUACCGGGCAGACUGGAAAUCCAAGGAGCUGAAGAAGCGGCAAAUAUCCGUGGCGCUCUAUUUCAUCGAUAAGCUGGCCCUGAGGACGGGGAACGAGAAGGAGGAAGGGGAGACAGCCGACACGGUGGGCUGUUGCUCUUUGCGAGUAGAACACAUCGCUCUGCACUCACGGCGGGGAGGCAAGGAGAACGUGGUGGAGUUUGACUUCCUGGGUAAAGACUGCAUCCGUUACUACAACGAGGUGUCCGUGGAGAAGCAGGUGUUCAAGAACUUGCAGUUGUUCAUGGAGGAGAAAGAACCUGGAGACAACCUCUUCGAUAAGCUUUCUACAACAAUGCUGAACAAACAUCUCCAGGACCUGAUGGAUGGGUUGACAGCGAAAGUCUUCCGGACUUACAAUGCGUCCAUCACGCUGCAGGAACAGCUCGAAGCGCUGACCAAUGAGAAGGACAGCCUGGCUGCUAAGCUCCUCUCCUACAACAGAGCCAACCGAGCAGUGGCCGUUUUGUGCAACCAUCAGCGGGCAACUCCAAAGACCUACGAGAAGUCCAUGAAGAACCUCCAGGCAAAGAUAGGCGCCAGAAAGGAUCAGCUGGCCGAUGCAAAAGUGGGGCUGAGAAAGGCCAGGACGGAACACAAAUGCAAGAAGGAGGCGAAAUCAAAAGCGGCCGUAGAAAAGAAAAAGAAACUGGUGAAGAAGAUCGAAGAACAGCUGGCGAAGCUGAAAUUCCAGGCUACCGACAAGGAGGAAAACAAGGAGAUCGCUUUGGGCACCUCUAAGUUGAAUUACCUGGACCCCCGCAUCACCGUGGCCUGGUGCAAACGGUUUGACGUGCCCAUCGAGAAGGUUUACAGCAAAACUCAGCGCGAGAAGUUUGCGUGGGCCAUUGCAAUGGCGGAUGAAGAUUUUGUAUUCUAAAGAGAUCUAGGCUACUCCCGGCUUGUUGUGGGUCACUCGUUGGCAUGUUUUGUGUGCCUUUGCUAGCACGGAGGGCCGUUUUGCACACAUGAAAUACACACCUAAAGGAGAAAGGCGAGCCUAUUGUUUCUCUUUUUGUGUAAAAGGGGAGGCCACCCUGUUCUAUUUAUUUAUGAGUAGUAUUGGUUCUCCAUCUUGGUCUGAGGAUGCUGGACGGCUCAGAAGAAUGGUUCUGGAACAGGAUUGGGCAGAGUUCUCCUGGCCUUCUCAUCUAGGUUUCUCAGGGAUGGUUGUAGUAUGAGGAGAUCCAGUUGUCUUGAACUGAACCCUUCAGUUUCUUUCUCCAAGACUUUUAGGAAAAGCUACUUCUGAAUGGAAAGUUAGGUUGGAUAAUGUUGUGUUGCAAAAUUCGACUUCUUGAGUUCUUCUUCACUGUUGUUCAAUGAAGGCCAAGUUCUUGAUGCCCUUGAGAUAUGGUGGACCACCAACGCAAAAGACAGGAGCCAAAGAUCCUUGGAACAAUUUGUUAUAUCUAGAGGAUCUCCAGUUCAGGGAAAAUGUGUCACCAUCAUGUUCCCUUGGCCCAUUCAAUGUUGUCUUCUAAUACUUCGAGGAGAUACAUGGAACCAAGGAAGAAAAGAGACACUCAUAUGCCAUUUGGUGCAUUUUCUAUCUUUCCUCCUUCUUGGGUGCUCCUCACCCUUUAGUGAGGAAUCUCAAACAUUAGCUAGAACCAGUCGAGUGCCUUCCUUUGGGAGAGAAGACACAGAUGGAGAUCCCUUCAUCCUUAACUGGACUGUGGUCAAGAUGUCGUCAGAGGUGCCUUCAAAAAUCUGGAUCAGAAGAAAUGGGUAACUCAAGACUGUUCCUGCACACGGUUUUGACACACUCGCUAAUGAGAAGUUGAAUUUGUCACCGAGUAUUUGUCGUAGUAAUUGUGCAAAAGUUAUCCCAGUCAAGAAAGAUCUGCAGAUGUUACCGCGAAGAACGUCUUGGCGGUAAACAUCUACAAUCCAUAGCCAGUUUAUGAUGGCUUGGUUUAGUAAACAGUGGAGCAAAUGCUAGACUUCAAAACCAAUGAGGGACGCAACGUUUACACCAGGGUUAGGCAACUACGACCCUUUUACCUCAGCAUGGCUCAGGAAUUCUGGGAGUUGAAGUCCACAAAUCAUAAAGGGGCCAUAAUUGCUCACCCGUGGUCUAGACUGCCAACAUAUUGAGUGAUUAAUUCCAGAGUGUCUUUCUGGAGCCAUUAGUAGAUGGAAGAACCUCAGUUCCUUGCAGAAAUUAAUAUUCUGGAUCAUCUAAUGAGUGCAGUUGCUAAUUCCCCCCCCCCCCCAAAAUGAUGGCGGGUGGUAAUUCUAGGGUUAAAAUGUUUGUUUCAAUGCCACAGACUAAACAUUCAUCGGUUUUACUCGUGGGCACACACAAACCCUAUUUCAAUUCUAUUUCCUUAAACAAUUCAGCCCUUGAGGUUGGUGCCACCGGUGAUGAAAAAUAUUCUUAGAUCUAAUCAUUUCUAGAGUCACCUUCAGGUUUAUUAGAUGUUUUUUCUGAGAAGUUAAUUGGCAUUCAUUAUAAUAAUAUCCUGUUUCCCCCAAAAUGAGACAUCCCCUGAUAAUAAGCCCAAUCAGGCUUUUGAGCGCAUGGCAAUAAGGCCAAGUGCUUAUUUCAGAAUUUUAAAAAAAUAUAAGACAGGGUCUUAUUUUCGGGGAAACGUAUUUGUUUUGUAAGAAAUGGGCUGAUAAUAAAAAUGGAAAGAAUUCGAUACAGAAUCAAUUUGUUUACCUGGUAAAGCAUAAGGGGAAAAAUAUCAACCUUUUCUAGUUCAGUGGCUGUCCAACCCAUAGGAAUGAAUGCUGCUAUUUGUGGAUGAUGGGCACCUGUAUCCAAGACAGGAGGGGGUGUCACUUUGGGAAUAGCAUAGUUAAGAGUUUUAAGUGCCAGCUUUGUUUGGGAUUUUGGCUGAAUGCACCAGACUCCAGUAAAGGAAUCGACUAAGAGGUUUGCUUAUUAAAAUACAGUUUUGCACAGUUCAAUAUUUGAAUAUCUUCUUUCUAUCACUCUGUGAAGCAAGCAGUGUGAAAUGUUUCAGACCACGGAAUUUGCGCUUUUGCCCAUAGAACUAAUAUGUCGGAAUAUUUUCAUAUGAAAUUGCCACUACAAUAAUUUCAUCAUCAUGUAUAUUGAUUUCUGUUCUUGAUACAAUGGGAAUAACAAAAAAAAAGAAGAAAAAAAGAAGAUUGAUUUCUGUUCUAAUAUACGUCACGCAUUCAUGUAAGUUGACAGAAACAUGUUACAAUAAUAACUCUUUGCUGCUGCUAUUUUCCCAGAAACUCUGUUCAGGUGGUUUUACUCGAUCCCAAUUCUAGGGCCUUUAUUUUUAUUUUUUUAUUUAUUUUGGUUUUUAAAGAAAUGUACACUGUCCCUGGACAGUUUUUUUAGACUGUGUCUUUCUUUUGGCUUGUUCAACAGAGGAUCUAUCUAGAAAUGUAUUUUCUGAGCUCGAUCGCAGGAGAAAGAGUUUUUCCUUGGAUUACCCCGUUUUUCUAAUUUUUUUGCGACCGAUUAAAAUGGUGUUUGAAAAGA